AGCCAGAGUCCCUUUCUGUGCAAUGAUCAGGGGGGCAUUUUGGGCAAUCCGGCACCAAAUAUCUUUGCCCUGUAUAAAUAGCUCACCAUGGAGGAGCUCAACCCACCACAACCUUCUUCCUAGACCAGCAUACAAGCCCUAUGCAGGUUUGAGCACUCGGUUGCUUCCACAGACUGCCACCUGUUUAUGCUGGCAGAACGUCUUUGGUGCUGUGUCCUGCAUUUGUUCUCUCUUUCUCUCACUCUCUUAGAAGUGCUUGCAACCUUGCACUCAUCUGCACCAGCUUCCAGUUGCGGGCAUGGAUAGGGUGAGGAGGUUGGCGUCGCAGAGGGCGGUGGUGGUCUUCAGCCUGAGCUCCUGCUGCAUGUGCCACACCAUCAAGCGGCUCUUCUGCGAGCUGGGUGUGAACCCGGCCGUCCACGAGCUGGACGAGGACCCCAAGGGGAAGGACAUGGAGCGAGCGCUGGCCAACAUGCUGGGCCGCAGCCCCCCCGUGCCCGCCGUGUUCAUCGGCGGCAACCUCGUUGGCCCGACCGAUGAGGUCAUGGCGCUCCACCUUGGUGGCAAGCUCGUGCCGCUGCUCCGCAACGCCGGAGCACUCUGGCUCUGACACCCUCCACGACCUCCUCCUCCUCCUGUCUCACUAUAAUACGUGCACUACGACGUCAUGUUUUGGCUGCUGUCUUCUUUAACCUGUGCGGGGUUAAGAUGUACAUUGUAUCAGUUGCUGCUGCAACUACAAACCUGUCAAUACUAUGUCUUCCAUGGUGUUCGAAUCAUGGCGGCACAGACCCUGUUUGAGAAGGCAACACUUACAGUGUCACAUUCCAGCUUUUACGUGUACUCCUGUCUGACCUAGCUAGAUUAAAGAGAAGGAAAUAUCAAACCAAACAUGUCUGAAAACUAAGAAUCAUUUGGAUAUAUAUGCUUCCUUUACUUAAUAAACCGAAAGCUCUAAUAAAAAAGGAAGAACACAAAGAACUCAACUUUUAGCAGCGGUUGUAUUCCACCAUAUCCAACUGACCAAAAAGGAGACAUCGUUAGAUCGCCAAGGAUGAGGGAAUAUGCAUCUCUCGGCCACUCACUCACCUGUGCAUUACUGUUCCGCAUAACCUGCACGCAUGGGUGACAAGGCAAGUGCUCAUCCUCACUCCUUUCUGACACACAGAUUCUUCUCUCCUUAUCA